AUGGCAUGUUUUUGCAAAGCCUGUAACAAACGAUUUGGAGAUCAGGACGCAUUGGUCCAACACUUCGACAACUCGCCACUUCAUACCGGCUCGUAUGCUUGCGAUGCCUGCAACCGAAGUUUCAACGACAGACAUAGCCUGAAACAACACCUCUUCUCUUCGGUCCACAGGCCUUCAUACGACUGCGAUACCUGCGAUAGAAAGUUCGCUAGCACGAAAAAUCUACGACAACACCUUCACGACUCACCUACAUGUUGUGUAGAUUGA